AUGGCCCCCCACCCCGAAACGACCCCCGUUCCGUCCUCGUCCCCAACCACAUCUCCCGCCAGACAACCCAAGAAACCCCCAUGUCAUCCGCCGUGCCCCCCGUGCCCCCCGUGCCCCCCCGGGCCUUCGCACUUCGCCCUCCCCACGCUCCGCCUCGAGAUCCGGCAGCUCACCCACCCCGGCGCCAACCUCGCCCUCAACUGCGUCAACCCGGCCGAAACCCUCGCCACCGCGGCCCGCAAUGUCCUCCGCCUCCUCUACUCCUCCCCGGCCUCCCCCACCACCACGGCGCCGCCCACACGCUCCGUCACCCUCAUCCUCCGCGACAUGCCGGGCGUGGCCUACGCGACCGGCAUCGAGCUCGACGGCGACCACAAGGAGAUCCACUUGUCGCUUGACCACGUCCUCAACACGAGCAGGGACCGCACCGCCCAAGAAAUCACCGGCGUCAUCACCCAUGAGCUCGUCCACUGUCUGCAGUGGAACGGCUUCGGCACCUGCCCCAGCGGCCUGAUCGAGGGCAUCGCCGACUGGGUGAGGCUGAACUGCGACCUGGCGCCGCCGCAUUGGAAGAAGGAGCCCGCGCACAACUGGGACGCAGGCUACCAGCACACGGCCUACUUUCUGAACCAUCUGGAGGUGACGCUUGGUGACGGCUUCGUGAGGGCGCUGAAUGAAAAGUUGAGAAUUGAAAAGUACGCCGAGCACAAGUUUUGGAUGGAGCUGACGGGACGGACUGUCCAUGACUUGUUCACCGAGUAUGUGGAGGGCCUCCAGGACGAGCGGUAG